UUCCCAUGCUGUGCUUUGAAAUGCAGAACCGAGCCACCUCUCCCGAGGAAAAGGGAAGCAUAUUUACUCUAUACAAGUUCUUCUGAAACUUCGACGGUCAGAUCAGUUAUUAGGCAGCACUUACAAGCGGAUCCCAAAGCAAUCUGAAUUUAGGGGAUUUGAAUUCUGUUUGGAACGCUUACAUAUUCAGCAGGAAGUAUUGAGGAUCACUAACUAUCAUGGAGCCAGCGUUCGGGGAGGUGAACCAGUUAGGAGGAGUAUUUGUCAAUGGCAGACCACUGCCUAAUGCCAUUAGACUGCGGAUAGUUGAACUGGCCCAGUUGGGGAUUCGACCCUGUGAUAUCAGUAGACAGCUAAGAGUGUCACACGGCUGUGUCAGUAAAAUCCUGGCUCGGUACAACGAGACCGGUUCUAUAUUGCCCGGUGCGAUCGGAGGCAGCAAACCCAGAGUGACAACCCCAACAGUGGUCAAACACAUUCGAGCAUACAAGCAGAGGGACCCAGGAAUUUUUGCGUGGGAGAUCCGAGACAGACUCUUAGCCGAUGGGGUCUGCGAUAAGUACAACGUCCCUUCGGUGAGCUCUAUCAGCAGAAUCCUACGCAACAAGAUCGGAAACUUGUCCCAGCAGAAUCAGUACGAAUCGAGCAAGACUCCAGCUCACCCAUCUCCACAAUCGGCUCUCCAGUACAAUGCAAUUUAUUCCUACUCGAGUCCCAUCACAACGGCCGGAGCUAAAAUGCCAACGUCGCCCGGUGUGCCCGCAAUCCCAGGACACGUGGGAAUUCACAGGACCUGGCCUUCAUCACACUCUGUCUCCGACAUCCUGGGUAUUAGAGCAUUAAUCGAGCAGCAAGGUGCUAUUCCCAUUAGUGACAGUUCUUCCUAUCCUACUAAAGUGGAGGAAUGGAACAGUAUAAACAGGAGCCACUUCCAGUCCUCAAACCAGGCUCCAGUGAAUGGACUGGACAAGUCCCCAUUGGAGCAGGAAGUCAAAUACACUCAGGGUCCUAAUGGUCUGCCUACAGUUAGCAGUUUUGUCUCUGUCCCAAGUAUGGCUCCUUACCCUCCACCCACACAGGUGUCUCCCUAUAUGACAUACAGCGCAGCUGCCUCCAGUUACAUGGCAACCCACGGCUGGCAACAUGCGGGUGGCAGCACUCUGCCAACUCACAAUUGUGACCUUCCCACACCACUACCAUUCAAAAGUAUUCAAGCAACCAGAGAAGCAGAGGACACAAAGUCAAACAGCCCUCCAAGUAAAUCUACAGGAUCCUAUGCAGCCUCACAGGGUCAAACACAGCUAGGGUAUAAAGUUAGCUAUUUGAAGACCUGAACAAAAGUCUUUAAGAAGUUGAUCAGAAGGUUCAAGCUUAAUGUGAAACCUUUAAAUGGACUCAAACCAUGGACCUGUAGCAUAACCACUGUGAAAAGCAACUUCUUCUCUAGCUGAUGGCUAUAGCACUGACCCUACAAUUCAGGUGAAAUGUUAACAUACUUUCCUGACAGUUUCAAGGAAGUUUCUGUUUGAAAUGAAUGUACAUCAGCUUGCUGUGAAGUUUACAUCCAUGUAAAUAAUCAUUUUUAUUUGUAGGUAUAAUGGUGGUGGUAAAAGGUAUGAAUAUAAAAUUUAUUUAAUGAUAAUUAGUACUUCACAUAGCAAGUAUUAAUAAAUUAGGUUAUAAUUACAACUGGGCACCAACAAAACAGUCUGCACUCCACAUAAGGCACAAAUAAUCUCUCAUUCUAUAUUGAAACCAUAACCUUCGUUGAAAGUAUAUUAAUUCUCAUGUGUUUGUCAAGAAAUUGGUUCACUAUUCUCACAGUUUCUGC